CGUUCAGAUUAGAAAAUUUGAUUAAUUCUAAGCAUUGUUCAUUAGUUGGCAAUGAGCAAAAUAACAAUUGGUUGAUAGAUAAAUAAUACGCUUUUCGAUAUUUAGGCCGUAGAGCGUUUUCUUUAAGCCCAAUAUGAGUCCAAUACACCAAGAAAGGAAGAAUAAGAUUCCAGGGACACUUUAAAAACGGCGUCGUGUUCACAAAAGCCUUUUCGUAUAUUGACCAUAUUACCCUCCACAGCGAUUGUCGUCAUCUAACAGUUAACGCCGUCAAAAGAUUCUGUAACGGCAUUGGUUCAACAGUCUCCGGUUUGAUCGCCCAAUCAUAUCUCUGCCGCUGACGUAAGAAUCUACUUGUACACUGCAAUUUCCACAAGCCAAAGGGAAAGCUUUUAUUUUGAGGAAGACGAAGCAAUGGGUGUACUCACGAACAAAGUCGAGAGAGACGAGCUUAAACCUGGUGAUCACAUCUACACUUAUCGAGCCGUCUUCGCUUAUUCUCACCACGGCGUAUUUGUUGGUGGUUGCAAAGUGGUUCAUUUCAAACCUGAGCACAGCUUGAUAUCUCCUACACUCGCUUCUUCUUCUUCUUCUUCGUCUUCUUCAGUUUCAGAGGUUAAUGAUUCUUCAGAAGCUCCUUGUCCUACAUAUCCUGACUGUGGAUAUAAACGACCAAAGAGUGGAGUAGUACUUUCUUGCCUAGACUGCUUUCUCAAGAAAGGUUCUCUCUACCGUUUUGAUUAUGGAGUCAGCUCAUCGAUUUUCCUCACCAGAUUCCGCGGUGGCACGUGCACAACUGCUCCAUCUGACCCGCUUCAAACAGUCAUCCAUAGAGCAAUGCACCUUCUCCAAAACGGAUUUGGUAACUACAAUGUCUUCCAGAAUAACUGCGAAGAUUUUGCUCUCUACUGCAAGACAGGAUUGCUCAUUCUGGAUAAGAACGGGGUUGGGAGAAGUGGUCAAGCCAGUUCUAUCAUAGGUGCUCCUCUAGCUGCACUACUCUCGUCACCUCUCACAUUGUUGAUUCCAAAUCCUGUUGGUGUAGCAACUGUCACUGCUGGGAUGUAUUGUAUGAGUAGGUAUGCUACUGAUAUCGGUGUUAGAAACGAUGUGAUCAAGGUUCCUGUUGAGGAUUUAGCUCUGAACCUUGGCCUUAAACCUCUCAAGAGAAAAAGGAAAGCUUGUGACACCAGCAUUUCCAGGUGAACACAUAUUCUAUAAUAUUCACCAAAAAGUACAGAACAUUGGCCAAUGUUUAGUCACGAUCUUAUUUUUCCUUGAUCUCUUUCUUGCUUGCCAUGGCGACAUAAGGAUUCUCUAGAUACAUUGUAGAUUCCAAUCAAGAUUUGGUUCUAUCACUUGCUUUUAGCCUUAAAAGUUGAAACCAUGCCGAAGAAAAUUUCGGAUACAGAACUAAGCAAAAUCAUACACUAAAGGCUUAUAUAUACACAUGAAAACUUCUUCGGUUUAAAAUCUUCAUGUAUGAUGAGUUUUCGAUGUGUAAUUGAAAGUGAUUUAGGAACUUAGUGGUGGUUGUUUAGUGUUGUUG